UCUGAUUGAUAAAAACAUUUAGGGAGAUCACUCCGAGAAUGUGUAGUUUCUACAUACGUAUCCAUUAAAAGCAAAGCAAGGAUUAAAAACGGAAUUGAGAAAAAAUGCCAAGUACCAGAGAUAAAGUUUUGAUGGGCCUUGGUGGGGUUGCGGGUGUAUCUGUGGCAGCAUGGCAGACAAUGUUUCCAUGGAUUAAGUAUGACCUGCAGUACAUGAAAUAUGGAAAAGGAAUUGGACAGAGAUUGGCACAAGAUGUAGCAAAUGGAAGAUAUAUAAUUGACAUGUUUGAAAAUAGUGUUGCAAAAUUUCCUAAGAAACCAAUGAUCAUAUUUGAGAACAGAGAAUAUACCUAUGAGUUUAUAAACGAGCAAGCCAAAAAAGUGGCUAAUAUUGCUUAUGAAUGGAAGUGCCAGACUGGAGAUGCAGUUGCCUUAAUUUGUCAGAAUUCACCAGCAUUUGUUUGGACAUUUUUAGGGCUUCAGAAAAUUGGUUUAAGUGUGGCAUUCGUAAACUAUAACAACAAAGCAAAGCCCCUGCUACAUUCACUCACAGUCAGUAAAGCAAAAGCAGUAAUUCUUGGAACAGGUGAGGAACUGUUCCAUUCUGUGGAGGAGAUCCGUCCAGAGCUUAGCAUUCCAAUAUAUUUAUAUGGUACCUCUGGCAAUAAUGUACCCGAAGGUUACAUUUCCAUGGAUGACCUCAUGCUGAACUCUCCGGGGGCUGAAAUCUGCCGGAGUUGUAGAAGUACUUUCACUAUGGUCACCCCUUGUAUCUACAUUUUUACGUCCGGAACAACAGGUUUGCCUAAGCCAGCCAUAGUGAAUCAAGGAAAGAGUAUUGGAUACUCUAAGUUCUUGCAGAUUGGUAUGGUAACACCAGAUGACAGAGUGUAUACCACCACGCCACUUUAUCACAGUGCUGCCACACUAGCUCUGUUAAGUGUCAUGGAUGUAGGUGCUACAAUGAUUCUCAGAGUCAGAUUUUCAGCAUCACAUUAUUUUGAGGAAUGUAGAAGGCACAAAGUAACCAUUGCUCAGUACAUUGGAGAAUUAGCCAGAUAUCUACUACAUGUUCCAGAGAGCCCUGAGGAUGGAAAUCAUUGCAUCAGAUUUAUGAUAGGAAAUGGGCUGAGAGCAGAUAUAUGGGAAAAAUUUCAAGCAAGGUUUAAGAUUCCAAAAAUCAUAGAGUUCUUUGGAGCUUCAGAAGGGACUGUUGCCUUUGUGAAUACCUGGGGGAAAGUAGGAGCCUGUGGGCGACUGUCCCCAUUCCUGAAUAGGUUGACACCAGGCAAAUCAUAUUUAGUGCGUUAUGAUCCAAACACUGAGACUCCAUUGAGAAACAAAGAAGGGCGAUGCAUUCCUUGCAAAAUAGGUGAGCCAGGACUUCUGAUUGGAGGAAUCCCUAAUCAAGCUCUGUACAAAGAUGGCUUUUAUCUCGGAGGCAAAGCAGUCAAUGAGAAAAAAUAUGUUAGAAAUGCCUUUCAAGAGGGAGAUGCCUUCUUCAAUUAUGGAGACUUGAUGUACGUCGACAAGGAUUACUUCUUGUAUUUCAAAGAUCGAGUUGGAGAUACUUUUAGGUGGAAAGGUGAAAAUGUGUCCACGAAUGAAGUAGCCAAUAUUCUGACGGGACUACCUUUUAUACAAGACGCUAACGUAUAUGGGGUAGAAAUACCAGGUAAUGAUGGUCGAGCUGGAAUGGCGGGAAUUUUACUGAAGGAAAAUGUUGAGUUCCACACAGACCUGCUACCUAAGAUCUACCACCACUGUGAGGAGAACCUACCACACUACGCCCAGCCACUGUUCCUCCGCUUCAUCAAGGAGAUGCCGCUGACAACCACUCACAAACAGAGGAAGGUGGAAUACGUCAAGGAAGCCUACAACCCCGCUGUUGUGACUGAUCCGCUGUUCCGCAUCUCACCAGAAACCAAAACCUAUGUUCCACUCAACACUGAAAAUAUUGCCCAGUUUUUGGCAAAAGCACGGUUGUGAUUGCAAUAACUAUUUUUAGUUCAAUUUAUGGUGGCUAUUUUCAAAUUUAAAGACUUCUAUGCAUAAGUUUUGAUGCAAGAAAAAUAAGUUGUUUUUUUUUUAAUCAGUGGGUGCUAUAAAUUUUUUUUUUUACAUGUAUAGUGUGCUAAUUUUUUAAUACAAAGAGUUUCAUAAUAAUCAUUAUUUUUUUUAUUUUUGUCAGAAGAGUUUUGAGAAAUUUAAUAAACAUACUUUUUAAAAUUGUUAUUUUGAAAACCUGGUAUCUGAAACCCUUGAACUUUUAAGUUUAAAAAUGUACCCGGCUACCGUUAUGUAAAAAAAAUUAGUAAAUUCUUUAAAGUAUUUUUGAAAAAAUUAUGCAAUGAAAAAGAAGUGCACUUUUACCAUUAUAAAACCAGCUGACAAGGAAGUACUGGUAGACUUUUUUCAAAAUGGAAGUUUUUCCCCAUUCUUGCAAUACCAGUGAAUUUCAAGUAUCGUUAAAUGUAAAUUUUAUAGAAACGUACAAGGACUUCGGUGAAAAGGAAAUUUCCAAGGCCAGAUGGGAACAUUGUAUCACUUGAUAACAAAGCAAUGGUUGCUGAUGUUACUGAUACAUUUAUAUCCAUUUUUUUUUGUGUUUAAACAAUAUGGUCCAGAAUUUUGCAUAACUUUGACCAUGAUUGAUGUAAAUGUUAAAACAAGACUUUCUUUGAGAAUUCAUAUAUAGUUUGUCCUAUUCAAUUUUCAGGGAUUCCUUAAGAAUGUUGACAAAUAAAGAUUUCAAAUUGAUAUUUAUACCAUAAUCAUUAUAAUGACAUGCAACACAUGAUGAUUGAGAUAAUACCCCGGUACUCAAGAUGAAUUAACAUGCCUUCGUGCUGAAUUAGUUUAGUCCUUAUUUUGAUUUUGUUCCCCCACAUAAUCUGGAAUGAUUAGAUAGUAAGGUUUUGUUUAUAACUUUGACCAAGAAGAGAGAGUACAAAUGAAUAUUUUCUCAAAGUACAUGUAAUGCAGUUACAGACUAUAUUGCUUUAACUGUUAUGUAUUGUAUAAACAAAUUUUUACGAAUUUUUGUUUAAACUUUUAAUAUGUACAUGUAUAUUAAUUAAUUUGUUACGAUUACACAAUUAUACAUGUGUAUCCAUUUAUAAAUGCAUGGAGAUAUGCAUUGUUGAUUAUUUAUCCCUGUUGAUUAUAGCUUCUGUGAUUCCAUUCUAAAUCAUUUUACUUUUAUUUUACAUCAUGUUAUAUGUGACAACAUGUUGAAUGAUAUAUUAUCUAUUGUUAAUUUUGCUUGCAUGGAUGCAUUCUUAUAAACACGUUUUGCUAGUUAAACAAGUAUUUUUGUUUAGCUGCAAAAUCAUACUUGAAAUAGCUUAAGGAGGCUGGAGGGUCAACAAAUUAACCAUCAGUUAUAACUUCAUUUCUUAUAUAUGAUAUCUUUAAAAGCCGUCAACUAUCAUUUGGCAAAGAAAAUUUUCAUACAUUUAAGUUUUGAAAUUUGAGCAAUUUGUACAUCUUCAUAUGGAGCUCUUCUUCUAAAGGAGAUCAUUUAGUCUACAAAUGACCACAACCCCCAGCCCUCUUAAAUACUGUAGAAGCACUUUUUUCCACGUGGUAUUAAUUUACGCUUUGUAAGCGGCCACAAAUUUUCCACAGAAGUUUGUCCAAGAGUACUUGAUAUAAAUGCAAGGCAUAUAAGACAGUCUAGGAAAUCUGCGUAAUUUUUUAGACGCGGAUUCAAUAGAAAUUGAGAUUCCACGGAUUUAAGACCCCGUGGAAAAAAAGUACGUCUACAGUAACAUCCCCCUUUCUUUUCACUCAAAUUCAGCAAGUGCCUGUACUGGAUGAUUCUCAAAAGUAGUUCUUGUUGAAAUGCAUCUGGCCUUACUGUUUUACUGGUAUGCACUUAAUACCAGGGUACUGUAGAUCACUAAAUUUUUGCGACACCUUAUUUUCGCGAGAUAGUCAUUGAUUCUUGAUAAGAGAGAUAAAAUUUUCACGAAUUGUGGUUAUUGCUCUAUAUAAUCUUAAGGAAUACUAUUAUACGCGAGAAUUAAAUUUUCGCAAGCACACAGUCUUGCGUAAUUACGCGAAAAUAAAGUUCUCGCAGAUAAAAAGUGAUUUACAGUAAUUUUUUUACAGACACUUGAAAGGUUAGUAAAUCAAUCAUCCUCAGGUUUUUAUCAAUGAACUAUUUUAGUAUUGACUGAUUAUUUUAAAAAUAGGUACAAUGUUUAUGAUUUAUUUACAUAUAUGUAUAUUUAGUUAAAAUUGAAUAGAUAAAUAUAUACAUAAAUAUGUUAUGAAA